AAGGUGGGGGCUGCUGCACACAAUAUAUUUGACUUCCGCACAUGAUAGAGAAAAUCCGAGUUCAGAUUUCAGGAAAGGUUUAAGGUCUCUGAGAACAGAAAAUUAUAAUGGCGGUAGAAGGAAAAGAUGACCAUUCUUCUCCCCUAGAUACUCCGAUGGAAGUUCUGGACGGUGGAGAUGCCAUAAGUAACCUCCAUUCCGAGCUGAAAUCUCUCAAACUCAGAGUAAAGGAAUUAGAGAUGGAGAAUGCUUCAUUGUUGGCCCAGAUUUCGAAUUGCCACUGUCAAAAGUUAGAAAAGAGUUUGAGUCAAAUUGUUGUAUCCAACAACAAUUCUGAAAAUGAGGAGAGAAAGAGUGGAGAUGUUGAACUUCGUUCUAAUAAGAACUCCGAUAUACAGGGCGGAAUCAAACCCAUUCAUAAAAUUAGAACAAGAAGGCAAGAAAGAGUGAAGAAGGGUUACAUGAAGUCGUUGCAUAAUUAUCCCCAGCGAUAUGUUGCUCUUAAAAUGAUGUACUUUGGUAAACGGUUAAAUGGAUUUUCUUGUGAGGGAGAAAAUCCAACUGUUGAGUCUGAAUUGUUUGAAGCUCUCGUGACGACAAGGCUUCUGGUUGUUGACAAGUCAGAGUCACAAUACUCUAGGUGUGGGAGAACAGACAAAGGUGUUUCUUCUGUUGGGCAGGUAAUUGCUUUGUUGCUACGGUCAAAACUCAAACACACAGGGGAGCAUGAAAACUGCAAGCCCACACAAGCCAUGUAUGAUAAGGAAAUUGACUAUGUGAGGGUGCUGAACAGAGCCCUUCCAAAUGACAUCCGAGUCAUUGGCUGGUGUCCCGUUCCUAGUGAUUUCCAUGCAAGGUUUAGCUGUUUGAGCAGGGAGUACAAGUAUCUAUUCUGGAGCACAAAUCUUGACACCUUGUCGAUGCAAAAGGCUGGUACGAAAUUUGUCGGGGAGCACGAUUUCAGGAACUUCUGUAAGAUGGAUGCAGUGAAUGUGCACCACUACAUGCGGAAUAUUAUAGCAUUUGAUAUUUCUUCUUGCGAUGAAAGGUCCAGAGACAGUCAGCUUUGGGCAAUGACCAUUAAAGGUAGUGCUUUUCUGUGGCACCAGGUCCGCUGCAUGGUUGCUGUAUUAUUUAUGAUUGGUGAAGGUCUUGAAUCCCCUUCUGUGAUAGAUGAAUUACUAGAUACAAACAAGAUUCCAAGGAAACCGCAGUAUGUCAUGGCAACUGAGCUUCCAUUGGUUCUCCAGUCAUGCAAAUUCAAAGAUCUUAAUUUUAUCUGUUCACCAGAUGCAGAGCAGGGUUUGAUGGAGCACUUAACAAAUGAGUUCAAAACUUACAAACUCCAAGCUGCUAUCUUUCUGGAGGCACUGCUAAACUGCUCUUCUACAAAUGAUCGAGGUCCCUCAGUAUAUGGCAAGAAGAAGGCAACCCACAUCCCUCUCAUAUCACGGCCAACAGAACCAUCCUAUGAUGAGCGGCUGGCGAAACAUAAAUCGAGGACAAAAUCUUAAGAGCAGAGUUGAUUAAUUUGGUUCAUCAGAAACAUUUGUCACAUGUUCACAGACAGCCUACUGAACUGUACUAGUUAUAGUAGAUUCCACUUACGUUUGUAAACGUAAAAAGGAAAUGGUCCUGUAGUCAAGUAAUUCUUUUUUCUUAAGGAUGCACUUUUGUUACACGCUCAUUAUGGCGUAUAAUCUCUUAUUCUCUUAAAUUUAAUCGAUUGGUCUUUCUUCGGCA